UCCGACUGACAAGGCAGGAGCUGAUAGACACACACACACACGCACACACACAUACGCAGUCGGAGGCACUUUCAGCCAACAUGGGCCAGAUACUGAGCUGGAUCCGAGGCCCACGGGACAGCCCGGCCCUGCACGAUGUGGCGGUGGAGGAGCAGUCGCUGCCUAACCAGGCCGCACCCAAACCAGCGGCUCCGGUCUCCACUGUGAAGCCGGCCCAGUUUGAGAAGGCAUCAUCAGGAUCUGCCAUGGCUACAAAGCCUGGGGGGGUUACCGCAGCAACGGGCGGAGCCACAGGAAGUGGUGUUCCGGCAGCAGGAAGUGCUUCGUUUAAGGCCAAGCCAGAGACGGCACCUGUCUCCCAAGUCAAAGCUUCAGUUCCUUCUCGUGCCGCUGGAACAGCUGCAGCCGCUGGCACGGCGGCGACCGCUGCUGUGACCAAACCUAAAGUGUCGCCCAAAGUCACAGCCAAGAGUGCCACCACAACAGUCAAAGCUGAUGUGUCUAAAGCCGCAGCAGCCUCGGCUGUGCAGGGGAAGAAAGAAGAAGCUAAACCCCCACAACCGAAGGUACAGGUGGAGGUUCCUACCACAGCAGCUAAAGCCAAAGAGGCACCUGCAGUGGAUCCAUUCGAUGCCCUGGCCAGCAUACUACCAUCCGCUGAUUCUAUCGUGCCCCAACAGCCGGUGUACACCGGGCCAGAGGUCAAAGAGCACGGCGUCACCUCGGAGAAGGGUCACAAGUUGGGAGAAAGAGACGACACGCUGCCUCCAGGCUACAGAUUUGAAGAUAUGGCUCCAGGUCCUGCUGACGUGAAACCCAUGGACGUGCCUAAACCAAUGAACAAUGAUGAGGCCCUGGAUCUCCUCUCCACUGGAUUCAUGACUUCUCCUGUUUUACCUGCGUCCAAGAAGCAAGAGAGUGCAGCCCAUGUUGACACGGUCUGUGCAGCAUCUGCUGGUUCGACAAACUUUGCACCGCCUCCUGUAAAGAAAGGUGAACGUCCUCCUGCUGAUAAGAAAGCCAAGAUGGAGAAAGUCUCAGACGAUUUCUCUCUGGAGUCUGUACUUUCCUCUGAACCUACCACGAAAGCAGCUGCUCCUGUGGCUGUGUGUACUGCUCCCCCCGCUGAUAAAAAAGCCAAGAUGGAGAAACCUGUGGUCACCAAGCCCAAGGCUGAUGAGGGUGCGUCCAUGUCUCUGGACGCUCUCAGUGCUCUCAGCGACUCGUUGCCAGCAGCCGCACCGAAACCUGAAUCCCCCAAACUCAGGCCUGAGGAUAUCGUCUCGGUGGACAAACUGAAGAAGGAGAAGGGUAUGCGUGUAGGAGAUACAGAGGAAUCCAUUCCUCCAGAGUACAGGUUUAAUAGGGCGGAGCUGGAAAAACUGCCUGCUCCUAAACCUGAGCCCACCAUGGCCACAGGUGACGCUCUGGACAUUUUGUCUGGAGACUUCAUGACGUCCUCAGCAGCUCCAUCAGUCCAGGCUCCUGCUCCUGUACUAUCAGCUUCAACAGCUAAGAAAGUUGAAUCCUCUGCACUUCCCCCUGCUAAAAAGGACACCGCUGAUGGCAAGCUCCAGGCUAAUCCGGGCGACUCCAUGUCCCUGGACGCCCUCAGUGCUCUCUGCGACACGUUGCCAGAAGACGCACCAAAACCUGAGGCCCCCGAACUCAGACCUGAGGACAUGGUCUCGGUGGACAAACUGAAGGAGGAGAAGGGUAUGCGUGUAGGAGAUACGGAGGAAUCCAUUCCUCCAGAGUACAGGUUUAAUAGGGCGGAGCUGGAAAAACUGCCUGCUCCUAAACCUGAGCCCACCAUGGCCACAGGUGACGCUCUGGACAUUUUGUCUGGAGACUUCAUGACAUCCUCAGCAGCUCCUGCUCUCAAGGCUCCUGUCGUCCCCUCAGCUCCUUCUGCACAGACCAAGGUGGAGGAUUUGUCAGCUCUGGAUUUGCUCGCUGGAGACUUUGUGACUCCAGCUAAAGCUACCGGAGUUGAGGCGAACGUCUAUCUUUGUGACAGGGGGCCACUAAAGACUACAGUUUGUCCGAUGGAGCAGCCCGUCAGGACAGUAACUGGCGACUCCAUGUCCCUGGACGCUCUCAGUGCUCUUUGUGACACGUUGCCAGAAGACGCACCAAAACCUGAAGCCCCCGAACUCAGACCUGAGGACAUCGUCUCUGUGGACAAACUGAAGGAGGAGAAGGGUAUGCGUGUAGGAGAUACGGAGGAAUCCAUUCCUCCAGAGUACAGGUUUAAUAAGGCGGAGUUGGAAAAACUGCCUGCUCCUAAACCUGAGCCCACCAUGGGCACAGGGGACGCUCUGGACAUUUUGUCUGGAGACUUCAUGACGUCCUCAGCAGCUCCCUCAGUCCAGGCUCCUGUUCCCUCCCGCUCAGCUCCUCCUGCAAAGCCCUCUGCAGACUUUGCUCUUAAUGCCUUGGCAGCAGACUUUGUUUGCGCCUCUGCUGCUCCGGUAGCCAAGUCUGCUUGUGCUCCCACGGAGGCUGAUCCGCAGCUGGCAGCAGGAGCAGACAGUGCCCUGGAUGCUCUGUCCAACACCUUGGAGGAUAUCAAACCCAUCCCUCAGCCCGCCCCGGUUCCUACCAAAGACAUUGUGAAGUUGUUGCAGGAGAAAAAGGUUGUGGAGGAGAGGUUGAUAAUGAUGGGAGAGCGAGAUGACUCUCUGCCACCAGAAUAUCGACUCACUGAGGAAGAUCUUAAGAAUAUGGCAGAGGCAAAGGCAAAAGCAGCUGCAGCACCCAAGGAGAAGGGUCUGGAUGAUGCUUCAGCCAUGGACCUGCUGUCCCUUGAUUUCUCUGCUGCUCCUAAACCAGCUGCUCCGGUCAAAUCAUCUGCAGCCACGACAAAGCUGGAAGCUCCUGCGCAGGCCUCAGAGCCCCUGAAGCCAAUGGCCGGCCCUGUUCUGGACUCCCUGGCGGACACCUUGCUCCCAGACGCCAAAGAGUUCAAAUCCAAAGCAGACCAAGGAAAACCAAAGGGCAAGAGCAAGUCAAAGUCAAAGUCCAAAAAACAUCACGCAGAGGAGCCAUCUGCCACUGACCUGUUAUCAGCUCAGCUAAGUUCAGACGUUGUGUCAACAACUACAAAGAAGGGAGGCAAGAGCUAGACCACCUUGUGAGGUGGUCGGUGCCUUUUGUCCUCGAGGGACGCAGGGGCGCAUCAGUGUGGGAUCUGCUCUGUGGAUAAUUGUUCUAUUUUUCUAAAUCAUCAAGAAUGUACAUUGGAUGAAAGACAAACCCACACACACACAAAUGCACACACAUGCACACACAUACACACAUACACACACACACACACACACACACACACACACACACACACACACACACACACACGCACACACACACCUCUGCGUGUAGUGCCUUUCUUGUUCGGUGUCACGUGUGUUGUUGGAUGAGGAGCUCUUGGUGUCUGUCUCUGCAGAAAGUGACUUUUUUGAAACAUGGAUGGAUGUAAAGAACGAGUGAAGAAAAGAAACAGAAAGAGGGGAAACUGGGGAAAGAGAGGAGGUUAAGGCACGUUAAAAAAAAAGUUUGUUUUGCUGGUUGCUGUGCUGAAUGUGCUGAUGGAAGGAAAGUUUUGCGUUUGCAUCUCAGCUGACAGUUUCCAUUUUCCCAAAGAUGCACAGAGACAUCAAAACACACCUGUAAUCUAAACCUGGUGGUGUAUUGUGACGCUGGUUGGAGUGGUGGCGACUGUGGGCUCGAGUGGGAGAAGUAUGUAGGGGGGUUAAUAGUAUCGGGAUGUUUGUGCAAUCUUGUACACAGAAAAGUCAAGUUUUCUAUCACCAAGUGGUCAGAUGCCAAUAAGACACUAGUGUACAGCUUUGUCUGCGUAUAUUUUGGACAGCACGUAGUUUACAUGAUUAAAUGUGUGGAGGAUUCACAGGAGGUGUUCUGCUUAAUUCUGUAUCUCAGAGCUUCUUUGCAAAUGCCUUUUACUUUCUGUAGAGAAAUAUCUGUCAAGAGAAGAAGGGUCUUUUUUUGUGUGUGUUUGGCCUUGCAUUAAAAAAACAUUACUGGUGUACAAAAGAGCACUUAGUGAACCGAGGUGGUUACAAGUGUGAACUGCCAUUCUGUAUACUGUAAAAAAAGAUUUUUGUUCUGUAUAAGACAACACUGUAUAAUUUACAAAAGGCUUUCAGCUGCAAAGUCUAAUCACUAUAAUUUCCCCAAGGUAAUUUGUUUCUUCCUGACACAGGUUUUGUUGUGUGGGUAUGUGUCAAAAGAUAUAAAAGGUGUUUUAGAUGUGGGAAUACUAAUUAAAUAAAAUGAAUGUAAAGUUUUAGAUUUCGAAUGUGUAGUUGUUAUAUGAGAGUUUGGUUUUUACAAUUUGCACAAAAGCAAUUAUGAAGUGCCUUAAAAAGCUAAAUAUAGCAGGACAAAUAUAUCCUAUCAAAUCAGUAAACAAUUAUAUUUUCUUACAGGUGCAAGGGAAGUGUGUGUAUGUAUUCAACCGAAUGGGAACAGAAUCUCUUCUAAAAAAAAAUAUUUUUAUUCUCUCCUCUCGAAUUAGUUUUUUUUUGGUUUCACUCUGCGCAGUUGUAGCCCACUUCCUUCUCACUCAGGGGGCUCAACGACUAAAAGACAUGUCUUUUGCUCAAACUUUAUAUUUGUGUGCCAAGAACCUGAAUGACUGAUGGUGGAUGCAAAUGAGUGGGUUUGUUGUGUAAAAUAAAGAAAAAUACGAAACUUAAAUAAAGACAAAUGCAAUUCA